AUGAGGCACCUUCUGAUCGAUCAGAUCCGCGAGGAUGGGUUCGCCGUAAUAGAUGAUUUUCUGACAGCGGACGAAGUGCAGGAACUGCUGAAGAUUGGUCAAAAUCUACACCAAGAAGCACCGAAAGAGGAGCGGAAAGUGUUCAGCGCGAACGCGGACGGUAAAUCGGCCCAAAGCCGCGAACAGUACUUUCUCGACAGUGCGGACAAGGUGCGAUACUUCUUCGAGGAAGGUGCCGUCGGUGAGAAUGGUGAGCUGCUGGUUGAUCCAUCGAUUGCACUGAACAAGGUGGGACAUGCACUGCACACGGAAAAUGCGGCCUUCGAGGAGAUCACGUUUUCGAACCGCGUAAAGGAGGUUUGCUGGCAGCUAGGUUUCCGUCGGCCGGCCGUUGCACAGAGUAUGUACAUCUUCAAGAAUCCGGGCAUUGGUGGGGAGGUAAAGUCACACCAGGACGCCACUUACCUGUACACGGAACCGAGCACAACGAUCGGCUUCUGGAUACCGCUCGAGGAUGCCACACUGCAAAACGGAUGUCUACACUUUAUCAAGGGUUCACACAAAAGCGGCGUCCACCGACGAUGGAUCCGCAAUCCGGAAAAGAAUUCAAACGAACUGCUGAUCUACGAUCGACCGGCACCACUCUACCCACAGUCCAACUUUGUCGCCGUCCCGGUAAAGGCCGGCUCAUGCGUUCUCAUCCACAGUCAGGUCGUGCAUCGGAGCGAUGCGAACAAAUCGGACCGCAGCCGACACGCGUACACCUUCCACGUGAUCGAAACUGAAGACUGUGAAUAUUCCAAAGAAAACUGGCUGCAACCACCAGAAGAUCGUCCCUUUCCGGUGCUGUACGAACGGAAGUAA